AUGGAUCUCUGUGUUUUAUUCGUAUUUAUCAUUUAUUUAUCUUAUCACAAGACCUAUUCUGGUUUACCACCACAUCUAAGAAAAUAUGCUAGAGGACCUAAUGUAUGUGUAGAACAGGAAGUUUAUGGUACUAGAGAACGAUUCUUUACACAAUGUGUUGGACGUUACCUUAGAACUAUUUGUGAAAGACCAACAAUGUUUAAGUUUGAAUGCUGUUCUGGAUUUGAAAAAGUUCGAGGUAAACAAGGAUGUACCGGAAUUAAACCACUCAAGAAUUUGGUGGAAACACUACAAGAUUUAGAACUGACAGAAUUUUCCAACGUGAUCGGUCAAUCUGGUGUAGAGGAUCAACUAGCUAAUCAAGGUGCUUAUACAGUAUUCGCUCCUUCUGAAGACGCUAUCCAACAGCUAUCAAUUCCAGAACAGCAAGCCUUGCUAUCUAGAACAGCUGAUGGUACUCCAAACGUCUUCUACCACGUAGCACCAGGAAGACUCAAUUUUACUGGUUUUAAGAAGAAUUCAGACUAUGUAACAUUAUAUAAGGACGAGAAAAUAAGUGUCCAGAAAUACUCCUAUGGUGUAGCGACAGUGAACUGUGCUCGCGUUACCAAAGCUAACGAAAUGGCAACCAAUGGUAUUGUUCAUGUCAUAGAUAAGGUGUUAUCUCCCUUAGAUAACCAGAGGGAUUUGGCAGAGAAGGUGUUUGGUGAUGAUCAGUUUUCACAGUUCCAGCUAGCUCUAUUUGUUGCCGACAUGGUGAAAACACUGAAAAAUAAACAACAUCUGACAGUGUUUGCGCCCACUAACCAGGCGUUUGCGAAAUUACCCAAUGAUAUGCUAGAUAGAAUUUUACAGGACUCUGAAACUGCUAAAAAGGUGAUAGAGCAUCAUAUCGUGAAAGGUGUAUACUGUAGUGAUUCAGUGAUUAUUGCCCUUGGUUUAAAAACUCUGGAUGGAACUAGACUGCUAUUUAGAUGUAAGCGAAGUGGUAAAUACAUUGGUAACGCUAAGUUAGAACAAAUGGAUAUAGUAGGCCGUAAUGGGGUUAUACAUGCUAUAGACAAUGUUCUUAUACCAGAUUCAGUAAAAACUGUAGUUGAUAUGGCAGAUGAUUUGGAUAUAAACGACCUUGUAAAUUAUGCUAGAAACGCCAACUUAACUGGAAGCCUUACUGACGGUGAAGACUAUACAUUAUUAGCGCCUACUGAUAAAGCUUUUAAAAAGUUACCGGCUGGUUACAGAGCUGCAUUACGAACACAACCUUUAGCUGUUGGAAAGUUGUUGGAAUAUCACAAACUCAAGGGUAAAAUAACAUCAAACGACAUGAUAGGGAACCAUUCUUUAUAUCAUGGAGAUAAUGCAACCAUUUCUGCCAAAAUACAAGUUAACGUUUUUAGAAAUGGUAAUGUAGUUGUUGGUGGGGCUAAGGUAGAAAAGAGUGAUACGUAUUGUAAAAGCGGCGUGGUCCAUACUAUUGACAAAGUUUUGAUUCCCGAAGAAGGCAGUAUUAUGGAUACUAUAAUAACGGAUCCUAAUUUAAGUACACUUAGAUUAGCAAUAGAAAAGGCUGGUCUAUCUGAAAUGUUAACCAAGCCCUAUGGUCAAUUUACAAUGAUCGCACCAACGAAUCGAGCAUUUAAAUCCUUGGGUAGUUGGGAGAAGAAAGCUUUUGAGAAACUUACUCCUGGAGAACUGAAGGAGUUCUUGGAACGUCACAUCAUCAACAGAAUGGUAUUAAAAUGUGGCUUCAGUCCAAAUUCAGUAUACAGUAUAAAAUCUCGACAAGGAGACAGCGUCAUCUUUACCCAAACUCGUUCAGGAUCUGUCCACAUAAACAAAAAAUAUCGUGUUCAGCAUCGAGAAGAGAUAAUGGCUAACAAUGGCGUAUUAUACAAAAUAAACAAUAUAUUGAAAUGUUCUUGUGAACCCAGGAUCCGGAGUAGAAGAUAG